UCCAGGGGAAAGGUGAUUAGGGCGGGACCAAGUGGGAUCGUCGUAGUCCUCAGCAACGGAGGCCGAGAUGGGACACUCAAGGACACGACUGCCGGAAAAAAGACCGAUGCGCAUGUCAUCACUUCCUUCUAGCAACGGAACGCUAUGCCUCGUUGCUAGGGGACGCUGGGCAAAGUUCCCACCAUGAAGGCGGCAAAGAAGCAGGUUCCCCGAGAGUCCCUGACCUUUGUGCUGCGCGGGCACCGGGCCCCGCUCCGAGAGAAACGAAGUGAAUUUCUCAGUAAUACUCAGAAAACUGCCCAUGGCCAGCAUCAUAAUUCUCAUGUAUUAGUCAGCAAUCGGGCCUCUUCGAACAAUCUGGAAGAUACUUCAUGGAAUCAAGAAGAAGAAAUGGCUAGAUUGUCUUCUCGGGAGGAUGAUCCCAGGAUUGAUGACUUAGAAGAAAGUUUACAGAAGUUGAAGGUCCAAGAGGGCAGCUUGGCCUCCAGGUGGAAUUCUGCUUCUGACACAGAAGAUGCUACCAGUUCAGAUGCCACCGACCUCUGGAGCCCUGGCCAGUCUCAGUGGCCUGAAGGUCAAAGUACCCCAUCUCCUCUAGGGGAGAAAGAAGCCCUGCCAAAGGCACCCAUAGAUUGGGAAUGGUUUCUGAGUCCACAAAGCUUGGCCAGCCCAUUGGGAAACUACUCACGUCUGAGGACUUUAGGCCUUCCAUCGAGGUCCCUGUCUCCAGGCGACUACACGGCAAGCCUUCUGGAAAGGGGGAUUUUGACUCGUAGCUGCCUACCAUCUGUGGCCUUGGUGAUGGAUGGAUCUCCUGCACAGUCUAACCCCCCUAAACUAGGAGCACCUCAUGUGAUCGGUGUGAAGUCCCUGCUGCCACCCAAGAUUCCGGUGAGGUUCUGUUCUCCCCAGAGGAGAGGUGCCUCUCCUGGAGUACCCAGAGGCAGGUCUCUUUCUCUUACACGGUCCCAUUCUUUCUCUCCUGCUUCCAAAAGGAUGCGAUGGGUCCGAUCUCGUUCUCAGUCCCCCAGGCCCAUGUGGAGACCCAACUCUACCAAUGGCAAAGCUUGUGCACAGCCCCCACCCCAGUUCAUCCCACCUGGGGGAAGGAGGAAGAAAACUUCUCUGACCAGACCAGCACGGUCUCGAAUUUAUAAACCAUGGCCCUGGGCUGCCCGCCAGGGCUGCCUGCCCCUCAAAACCAAGGAAGAAGAUGUCCUGGACCACUCCUGGAGCCCUUACUGCCUGCCUGUGCCUGGAAUCUCCUCUCCCUUGGCUCAGGAGAUGAACGAAAGGUUCUUCCAGACCCUUGAAGAAGGGAAUGUGCCUCUGUCCCUGGGAACUGUGGCCCCCAUCCAGAAAGCCCAGACAAGAUUCCGUUUGCAGUGCCUGCGGGCAGAGGAAGAAUGGGUGUUGGAGCUGAAGAGGCAGCAAGAAUUAGAACGGACCCGAGGCCCCAAGUCCAAGUGGUAUGAGAUGAAAAGCUCCCAGUUCCACUAUGAAGCCCACAAACAGAAUGAGUCGUUGAAGAACAGCCAGGACUCACGGUCCCUUCGUAACUCCAGGCGGGCACUGGCUUCGGAGGCCAAGGACUUGGACAAGCGCCGCCGGCCUACGGGGCAGAAUGAUGAGUAAUGAGACCCGAAGGUGAAGGAAGCUAAUGGGGGCCCCAGACCCCAAAGGGGCCGCCUUCAAGGGCCAGCUCGGCUCACGGAAGGUCUCACCUGGGAAGAGAGACCUGACGCGGGAGGACCGCUGGGCUCGCUCUCACCCAGCCCAGCAGGGCUGGCUUCGGCCGCCCAGACCGACGCUCAUUCAUUCUCUGGCGCGCUCGCUCGCACGCCAGCUGCCAAGGGAGCCGCCAAGCGUAGCCAAGACAGCCCCGGCUCUCAUUCAGUUCAGUAAAACAAACACUUAGCAAGGGCUGCUGCGUCCAGGGCUUUGGGGAGCUCACCGCCUCUGCAGAGGGAGAAGAUAAACAGAACUGUAACGUACACUAGGACAAGGUGAGUGCUCCAGAGAGCCACGAGUGCUGUGUGGAGUCCCAGGAAGGGGGUUCUUGCCAGCCAGGGGCCGGAGCUCCAGAUCCGGGAAGUCUCCCUGGAGAAAGCAGGUUUUAAAGAAUGAGUAAAAGGAACAGCGAGGUGACUCAGUGGACGGAGAGCCGGGUCUGGAGACAGGAGGUCCUGGGUUCAAAUCCAACCUUGGACACUUCCCAGCUGUGUGACCCUGGGCAAGUCACUUGACCCCCAUUGCCCAGCCCUCACCACUCUUCUGCCUUGGAGCCCAUACACAGUACUGAGUCUAAGGUGGAAGGUGAAGUUUAAAAACAAAAUAAAGAUUCAACAAGCAAAGAGGAGGAAGAAGGCCGUGAAUCUUCAGAGCACAAGGACGGGUGUUGCUGGUGUUGGAGUCGGCCAAAUAAACUCAAUCAGACAAAAGGUUCUGACCGCAUUUCCUGGUGCUUUGGGGCUCAUAAAAGUGUGUGCAUCGUGUCUAAUGGGGGAAGGAGUCGGACGCAGGCAGGCUGUCCCCGCCACCUGAUUUGCUCCCCUAACACGUCGGCACCUGAAUUAUUGUUUGUUACUUAAGCGUUGGAUUGGACCAAAAGCUGGGCCGCCGGGGUAAGGGCAGGUUCUAGAUUCUGUUGGGGCUGAUGAUCAGAGUCCCCAGCAGUGUUCCUGGCUUUUAUGAGGCAUCACAAAUACACCAAUUGCUUUUCUC